UCUGGAGGUGAGAGUCCAAGAGAUGAGUCGGCUUCUCUCAAUGAGAAAAUAUCAGAUACCGAAAGCGAAUCUCAAGACAAAUCGUGGGCGGAUCAACAAAAAGAAAAAGCCAGAAAAGAGAAAGCUGAGGCCAUUCGCCAAGCAUGCAAAGACCGUGAUGUGAAUGCACUAGUUGAAUUUGCAACCAGCGAAGGUGGACUACUGGAAGACGAACUGCGACAAAAAGCUUGGCCUAUCUUUCUGCAAUGCGAUGAGAAUUCACGAUAUAACAACUUGAAGCCCCUGGAUGAUCUACCACGACACGCAGACGAAGACCAAGUGCAGCUAGACGUUAACAGGUCUUUUGUCUACUAUCCUAAUGCCGCCGAAGACGAGUUGUUGAAGAAGAAAGAGCAACUAGCACACCUCAUCAACCAAGUACUACGCAAUUACCCCAUGCUAUGCUAUUUCCAGGGAUAUCAUGAUAUUGUGCAAGUUCUUUUGUUGGUAUUGGGAGAACAGAAGGCAGUAUCGGCCAUGGCAGAAGUCUCCCUUUUCCGUAUUAGAGACUACAUGCUUUCAUCCCUGUCGCCCACGGUCAAGCACCUUCAACUUAUUCCAGCUAUCAUUGAAGCUGUCGAUCCUGUUUUGCGACAGCACCUCUCCAGCAUCCAGCCAUUCUUUGCCCUCGCCGCAACCCUCACUCUUUAUGCCCAUGACAUUCAGGAAUACAGUGACAUUGCUCGCUUGUUCGACUUCAUUCUAGCCAGAGAGCCAGUGCUAGCUAUCUACUUAUUCGCAGAAAUCAUCCUCUCGCGAAGGCAGGAACUAUUGGAUAUUCCCGUGGAAGAACCCGAAAUGCUUCAUUUCACACUCUCUAAGCUUCCGUCUCCACUCGAUCUGGACAGUUAUAUCCUGAGUGCAACCCAGCUUUUCAAGGACUACCCUCCGGAGUCGCUCCCCUUCGGGAUAUGGAAGUGUAUCCCUUCGUGCAGUGUUCUGAAGACUUCGCGCGAUCUAACAGCUCACCACACAGCGAGCGAGGCAAUUGAGCUCUUUGAGAAGCAGACAAGGCAGAUCAAAAAUGAAGAGCGCAGGAAAAGGGCUCUUGAGUUUGCGUGGAAGCACAGAAAGACUGGAUCCGUGGCUCUGGCUAUCCUGGUCGGAGCUGUAUCGUUUUACAUUCGAAAGAAAGGACUCGAUAGUUUUAUCUGGACAUAUUUCGGUCGGGCUCAGGCGAUAUUCAGUGAGGUCUGA